AUGGCAACUGAACUCCCCACCACCAAUGGCAACCGCGCCCAAGAUGGCGAGAACAACUUUGCCGUCAAGGCCGGAUUGGCACGCAUGCUGAAGGGCGGAGUCAUUAUGGACGUUGUCAAUGCUGAGCAAGCACGGAUAGCAGAAGAGGCAGGAGCCUCAGCCGUCAUGGCCCUCGAGCGUGUCCCCGCCGACAUUCGCGCUCAAGGCGGCGUAGCACGCAUGAGCGAUCCCAAGAUGAUCAAGGAAAUCAUGGACACAGUCACCAUCCCCGUCAUGGCCAAAGCCCGAAUUGGCCACUUUGUCGAAUGCCAGAUCCUCGAAGCCCUCGGCGUAGACUACAUUGACGAAUCCGAAGUCCUCACCCCAGCCGACGCCCUGCACCACGUCUCCAAGCACCCCUUCCGCAUCCCCUUCGUCUGCGGGUGCCGCAACCUGGGCGAAGCCCUACGCCGCAUCUCUGAAGGCGCCGCCAUGAUCCGCACAAAAGGCGAAGCCGGCACGGGCGACGUCAUCGAAGCCGUGCGCCACAUGCGCUCCGUCAACGCGGAAAUCGCCCGCGCAAAGAACAUGUCGGAGGAGGAGUUGCGCGUGUAUGCCAAGGAACUCCAGGUCGACUACGCGCUGCUGAAGGAGACGGCCAAGCUCGGUAGGCUUCCCGUUGUCAACUUUGCGGCCGGUGGCGUGGCGACGCCCGCGGAUGCGGCCCUCAUGAUGCAGUUGGGCUGCGAUGGCGUGUUUGUCGGCUCUGGCAUCUUCAAGUCCGGGGAUGCGGCGAAGAGGGCCAAGGCGAUUGUGCAGGCGGUUACGCAUUAUAAUGAUCCCAAGGUGUUGAUGGAGGUUAGUAUGGAUUUGGGUGAGGCCAUGGUCGGCAUUAAUUGCAGUAACAUGGCUGAGGAGGAGAAGCUUGCGAAGAGGGGGUGGUAA